CGCUGGUAGUGACGUCAUUCCGGGAGCCAAACAUGGCCGACAGCUAGCAAGAGCCGACGAGAGUGAGAACAGUCCGUGGUAAAGCGUUGAAAAUACACUGUUUAGUUCGAGUUUAAUUUCGCGUUUCGGAGUUUUUACAUUUUGUUUUGAAGAUCGAAGUCCGAUUUGGUCGCAAUUUGUGUUGGUUUCGUCGGUUUGGCCGGAAGAAGCAAGCAGAGCCCUGUUAGCAUCGUUAGCUGCGCUUGUUUUCGUUUUUUUUGGACGUGUUUUGUUGCUCCUGGUCUACGAAUACUUGUCUUUUUUUCCAUCAAGAGCGACUCUUCCGGUGUGUAUUUUUGGUGUCUCUUUUCCUCAUUCGUCGGUGCGUCCCGAAGCUCGCUUCACAACAAAGACUUGAGUGGAGUUUUCGUUGUGUCACCAUCUUGAGCCACCGAACGAACUUCCUGGUGUAUGAACCCAUCUGCCGGAGAUCAUGGACCCGAAACGCUCUGAGAGUAAACCCAAACCCAGCAGCAGCAGCAGCAGCAGCGGGGGUUCGGAGGAUGGCAGCCCGGCCUCGGGCUCCACGGCGAACGCCUUCGCCAACGACGGGAGCUUCAUGGAGAUGUUCAAGAAGAAGAUGGAGGAGGCGGAGAUGAAGAAAAGUGAGGAUGCCAGUGGCACAGAGCACGGACAGAGCCCCCAGGACAGGAAGCCUGCACUGACGAGCUUUGUGGGGAAGCGCAGAGGCGGGGUGUUCCUAAAGACCGGCAUGGUUGCCAAGAAGCAGAAGCCGGACACAGAGGUGGUCCCCGGCAAGAGCGAUGCCUGGUCAAAGUACAUGGCCGAAGUGAAAAAGUACAAAGCUCAUCAGUGCAGCGACGACGAUAAAACCCGGCCGUUGGUGAAGUAAAAUAAGGACAAAACUCCCAGCCGCCGGCUCAAGCUCUCUCUCCUCCUUUUUCUUCCUCCGUUUUGUAUUUUUUUUUGCUCAUGUUUCUCUCAUUAAUUGGUUUUGUUUGUGGCUCGAUUAAAGAUGGUUGAAACCUGUUUUGAUUCAGUGCUAAACCAGGGACGCGGAUGGUCACAUUGUCGAAAAUAAAAAAGUCAGAAAAAUAAACCUUUUCAACAUUGAAAUGUGGAGAUUUUGC